AGAGGGUUCUGCAUUCUGCUCUGGUGUCUGGUCAAGUACGCUUCCGAAUUAGUAGUAAAAGCGUUUGGUUUCCACCUCCGGCCGGCCGGGUCCUCUCUCUCUUCUCCCUGCAUUUCUUGGUUUCUUGGUUUCCUCCCCCGGAAAGAAGCAAUGCCUCCUGCGCCCAGCUCGCAUCAGUCGCAAAUGAAUUCGAGGAAGGAGAAGCGGAUGAGCAAGGUGGACACCUUGGCGCCGCACAACGACGGCCACCAAUGGAGGAAGUACGGCGAGAAGAAGAUCAACAACACCAACUUCCCCAGGUAUUACUACAGAUGCACCUACAAGGACAACAUGAACUGCCCGGCCACGAAGCAGGUGCAGCAGAAGGACCACAGCGACCCGCCAUUAUACGCGGUCACCUACUACAACGAGCACUCGUGCAACAGCGCCUUCCUCCCGCUGUCCCCCUCGGAGUUCCAGCUGCAGACCUCGUCCGGGAAGGCGGUCUCCAUCUGCUUCGACUCGUUCGCGCCUCAAGAACCGGCGGCGGCGGCCAAUGCCAGCGGCUCGCCUUCUUCCAACGCAGCGGUGGCGCGGCGCGGCACGCCUCCGGAGAGCAGGAACCCGCCCGUGCUGCAGCAUUCUGAGACGUAUUCCUGGGGCGCAGGGGCCGUGGAGCAGAAGCCGGCGUCCUGCAGCACCGAGUGCCAUGACGCGUUUCCAGGUGGUGCCGGUGCGGUUCCUGAAGAGGUGGUAGACGCAGGCAGAUUUGGGUCUAUCAGGUUCUUUCAUUUUUUGUAAAUUGGUCAGUGUAAGGAAGACAGUUGAUUUUACUUCAAGAAACUAAUAUG